UGGAUGUCUUCAAUAUUAAUCUACAAUGUAGAAAAAAAUAAAAAAAUAAAGAAAGAAAAACCAUUGAAUGAGAAGGUGUGUCCAAACGUUUGACUGGUACUGUAAAUAGAAUCAGGAUUAUAUUUUAUAUUUAAAAUAUGCCUAAAUAUUGUUUCUAGAGCAGCAACAUUUAUGUUUACAACAGCCAAGUCACCAUAUGAAGUCAUUAAUACCUCAGUGGAAACAGAAGUAAAAUAUUAAUUAGGGAAAUAACACUUCUGAGUGAAGUUUAGAGUGAAAAUGAAGAACAAAGACAUCCGUCAGUAUCCGUCGAUCCUCCUGGCUGCUUUGCUUUGCAAGUGGAAGAGCGAACAGAACAACGUGAACUCCAACAGAACCCGUUCAACUGCCUGACUUCACUAUAACAGAAUCCAAAGUUCAACACAAUUAAACUGGAGUUUACACACGUCACCAAACACAAACGCCUCUGGAACAAAGUCUCGCACUCAGGUGAGAAAUACUGGAUUCUUGUCUUAAGGCAACCAGCUGGUCGAUAUAUAACUAAGAGAUAGAUUGUACGAUGUUUGUAGAACACUACACAAAGAACUGUAGAAACUAUCUAAAUUGUACAAAAACAGUUACUGCCGAUGAUUAUGAAGUAUUGCCUUUGUUUUGUAGUCUCUAGUGAAAAGCAGAAUACAUUCCAGGUGGGUUGUGAUUACGUGGUACGAUGCAAAUCGUAGGCCCCUCCCCCAUCAGGGAGCAACACAUCUUGUAAGAAAGAUGAACCUCUGGCGUAUCACAGUUAAUCUUUGAUAAAGUUCCACCCCUCCAAUGACCGAGCUGAGACAAACCAGGAAACACAGUGUGCAAUUCUGUGUAAUUGAAAGAGAAACACAGACGGAGAGACAUUUACCUUCAUUCUCAACGUCCACUGAGAGAGGACAGGUUCAGGAGACAAAGCUGUGAUACUGCGGAUUCAACCUGCUGAUGACUUCACACACUGAAUCAUUUUACAAAAACAAUGGCUUCCAGAUCAGAGGAGGAUCUCUCUUGUUCUGUCUGUCAGGACAUCUUCAAAGAUCCUGUUGUCCUUUCAUGCAGCCACAGCUUCUGUAAAGACUGUCUGAAGAAAUGGUGGAGUGAGAAACAAGAACGUGAGUGUCCAGUUUGUAACAGAAAAUCAUCAAGGGCUGAACCACCUGUUAGUUUGGUGAUAAAGAACCUGUGUGAGUCCUUCUUACGGGAAAGAGAUCAGAGAGCUUCAGAGACUCUCUGCAGUCUGCACUCUGAGAAACUCAAACUCUUCUGUCUGGACCAUCAGCAGCCGGUGUGUGUCGUCUGCAGAGAUUCAAAAACACACAACAACCACAAAUUCAGACCCAUCGAUGAAGUUGCACAAGAUCUCAAAGAGGAGAUCCAGAAAUCCCUGACGCCCUUAAAGGAGAAACUGAAGCUCUUUGAAGAAGUUAAAGAAAACUGUGAUCAAAUAGCAGAACACAUUAAGGUCCAGUCCCAACGCACAGAGAGCCAGAUUCAGGAGCAGUUUAAGAAGCUCCACCUCUUUCUACUAAAGGAAGAGGAGGCCAGGAUCUCUGCUCUGAGGGAGGAAGAGAAGAAGAAGAGUCAGAAGAUGAAGAAGAAGAUUGAGUUUCUGAGCAGAGAGAUAGCAGCUCUUUCAGACACAGUCAGAGCCACAGAGGACGAGCUGAGAGCUGAAGACGUCUCAUUCCUGCAGAACUACAAGGCUGCAGUGGAAAGAGUCCAGCAGCGCCCCCUGCUGGAGGAUCCACAGCUGCUCUCAGGAGCUCUGAUAGACGAGGCCAAACACCUGGGCAACCUGGCCUACAACAUCUGGGACAAGAUGAAGGACAUGGUCUCCUACAGUCCUGUGAUUCUGGAUCCAAACACUGCUCAUCCAGAACUCAUCCUGUUUGAAGAUCUGACCAGUGCGAGACGUGGAGAGAGACAGAAGCUUCCUGAUAAUCCAGAGAGGUUUGAUACCCUUCACCCUGUCCUGGGCUCUGAGGGGUUUAACUCAGGGACUCACAGCUGGGAUGUUGACGUUGGAGACAGUAAAUGCUGGUUUCUGGGUGUGGCGACAGGGUCAGUCAAGAGGAAGGGGAGUUGUUGGACUGGAAUCUGGAGAAUUGGAUUCUGUAGUGGAUAUUAUAAAGUCUUCUUCCCAUCAGCCCAACCGGUCGUUCUCCCAGUGAAAAAGAAGCUCCAGAGGAUCAGAGUUCAUCUGGACUGUGACAGAGGAAAGCUGUCGUUCUUUGAUCCUGACACCAACAUACCCAUAUACACAUUCAUAUCCAAGUUCACUGAGAAGAUGUUUCCAUACCUUAGCAAUAGCAAUAAAGUCCCUAUGAAGAUUUUACCACAGCUGGUAUAUGAUGACGGUGACAGGUAUGGUUGGUGGUAGACACAUACAGCAUUCAAUAUCUUAAAGGGGAGAAUACCAUGUUAUGUAAUCUAAUGUUAUUGUAUUGAUUUAGACUUUAAAUGGAAAAUCAAAUAGGGGAACUGAAAUAGAUUUUUAGUUAAUAUUUCUUUUGUGAUUUGAGUGUGUUGUGUUGAUUUUUUUUGUGAUGCUGGUGAUUAAGAAACUGAUGUCGUGUCUGCUUUUAUUCUCAUUGUAAGUGGUCUAGUAUUGUUUUUAUCAUUUUAAUGAGAUUUCCCCAUUAAGUCACACAUAAGGAGGAGAGAUACUCUAAAGUUUAAGAUUGUUGGCCUUUUUUCAUGCAAGUGAUUUAAAACAUAAGUGUAUUCUAAGUAUAUCCUUUGGUGUAUAAUUUGUAUAUCAAUAAAAUCAUUGAUGU